CAGUUCUCAGAAGCUUAGCUGUGGAUCACGCUCAUGUAUAUGCCGGACGCCAGAUCCCCUUUGCAGCGACAGCGAUUGCAGUAGCCGGUGACAACGUGAGUCCCAGAGCCCGACACCGGAGGGCGAGAUGAACGCGCUGGCUUCCCGAGCCAUCCAGAUCCGCGAUCGCUUGUGGCAGCCCGAGCCGGCCCUCCUGCCCCCAGGGUGACGCGCAGCCCGGAGUCGCACAGACCGAUGGCCCCAGGCCAAGCGCCCCAUCAGUCUGCCCCCUGGAGGGGUACCCACCCCUUUUUCCUCCUGUCCCCGCUGAUGGGCCUUCUCAGCAGGGCCUGGAGCCACCUGAGGGGCCCAGGACCUCCAGAACCCUGGCUGUUGGAACCAGUAGCCAGAGCCGAUCAUGGAGAAGCUGGUCUGGAGGGAGCAGCUCAGACUUUUGUGGGCAUCCACUGUGCCCCGGAGGGCAGGCACUUUCAAGGGGAGACUGGAGACGGUGAAGCAGUUGAGGACGAUGGAGACGCAUUCCGGGGGGCCUGCCACGAUCUAAAAGCCAGUACUCUCCUUGAAGCCUGGGGACUUUCAGAUGCUGAUGAUGAAGAGGAUCAAACAACCAGUGUCCCUCAAGAGCAAGCAAGUGACUUUGUAGGUGGCCAGCCUGCUCCCCUCUCCCCUACCCUUCCAGUAAGAGCCCUGCAGGACCCUCCCGGAGAGGAGAAGUCUGAGGAAGGAGGAGCUGCUGGAACUGAAAUGGUCACGUUUUUCUCUCUUCCUCCAUCACCCUGGGAGUGUUGUCCAGGGGAGGAGGGAGAGGAAGGAGGAGCUAUAAAGAAAGAAGCUGCCAGAGCACCUGCUUUUCCUUUGUCUCCAGGAUCCACGCCUAAAGCUCGGGGGUAUCGUGCCGGGGAGGAAGAGGGUCAAGCGACAGAGGAAAGAAGAACAGAAAAUAAAGAAGCCACAAAGAGCUCCAUUUUCCCCUCAUCUUCAGGCUUUCACGCUAGGGCCUGGGAGCGUGGUUCAGGAGAGGAGUCUGAGGAGGAGGAAGAUGAAUCCAGUGACUCGGGAGCAGCUGAGGAAGAGGGAGAAACUGGGGGUCCCUCUUCCAUCCCAUCCACAAAUCCUUUCAUCAGGGGUUGGGUGUAUCGGCCAGGAGAGGACACGGAGGACGAGGAGGAGGAGGAGGAUGAAUUCAGUGACUCAGGAGCAGCUGAGGAGGAGGGAGAAGCUGAGGCUUCUUCUUCUGUCCCCCCAACAGGUACCUUCUUAAGGGCCUGGGUUUAUCGGCCAGGAGAGGACACAGAAGAGGAAGAUGAGAAUGAGGACGAUGAUGACUCAGAAGCCACUGACUCGGCGCUAAGUCCCUCCCUUCAGGCUCAGAGCGCCCUCCUCGGGGGCUGGAUGUAUCGGCCGGGAGAGGACACAGAAGGAAGGGAAGUUGCUAAGCAGCAGGGAGAAGCUGAGCCCCGCCCCUUCCGAGUGGCCAUCUAUUUACCUGGAGAAAGGCCACCACCUCCCUGGGCUCCCCCUCGGCUACCCGUCCGACUGCAGAGGCGACUUAAGUCCACGGAAACCCCCACCCGGCAUCCUGACCCUGAGCCUCCCGUAAAGGCCAGAAAGGUGCGCUUCUCUGAGAAGGUCUCUGUCCAUCUCCUGGCUGUCUGGGCAGGACCAGCCCGGGCCGCCCGCCGGGGACCCUGGGAGCAGCUAGCCCGAGAUCGAAGUCGCUUCGCCCGUCGCAUUGCUCAGGCCCAGGAGCAGCUGGGCCCCUGUCUCACUCCUGCUGCCCGGGCCAGGGCCUGGGCACGCUUUGGGAACCCUACGCCUCCUCUGGCCGCCACACCUGCUCCUACCCAGAUCUUACCAUUGUCCUCCAUCCAGGCCACAGCCUUGAGCCCUGUUACGGCAUCUCCCUUUGCCCCUCUGUCCCUGUCUCCCGGCUUGGACCUCAGUGGGAGGCGUGGCUAAGAUCAUGUAGUUUCAUGUUUAUAUUAUUUAUUUUUUGUAUAUUGUUUUAUAUAAGAAAUAAAACUUUGUGAUUUGUAGCAA